CGGUCGUAGGCAGCUUCCAUUCAUAUAAUCUCAUAUUGUUCUCCUUCACUCAGCAUCUUUGACUCUGUCGUGACCUGAAUCUUCUAUCUACUGCUUCUCCUUUCCAAGCGGACCACUAUUUCUCCUCUCUUUGCGUAAUCCAUCCGGCUUUAUCCCUACGCUCUUGAAACGCCGUCAUAGGCCCAUCGUUCGGCCCUCAGAUGACCUGUGCCGGUCUGUGAUUCCUCGGUGAAUUAACGUCAACACCUUGUACGUUGCGACUCAAAUGCUUCUUGCCUUUGUUUCAGGAGCCCUGGUAUCCUGUUACAGGCUCUAUUGCUGGUAGAAUCUAUAUUUACACCAUCCACUGUAACAACUGCAUAUACUCUACCAACCGCCUUCUGUCUACGCGCCGACUAGCCCUUCGGCUUUCGCGUAUAUCGGCAAACAACAUAAUAGAAGAGAAAUGCAAUACGUGCGCUCUAUCACUGGGUCAGUGACAGGGGCAUGGAAUGCGAUCAAUCCAGCGACAUUGAGCGGCGCCAUCGAUGUAAUCGUGGUCGAACAAGAUGACGGAUCGCUAGCAUGCUCUCCAUUUCACGUUCGAUUCGGCAAGAUCUCUCUAUUGCGUCCAUACGAUAAGAAAGUAGAGUUUAGGGUAAACAAUGUGAAGCAAGAAUAUUCUAUGAAAUUGGGAGAGGGCGGUGAAGCUUUCUUCGUGUUCGAGACAUCACAAAGCAUUCCAGAGGACAUGCAAACCUCGCCCCUCGUUUCUCCGGCGACAAGUCCCGAACCAGAAUCCGCAGAAGCUGGGAAGCAGAGUCUUCCGGAACCCGAGCCUCUAGAUCUUGCUGUAAGUGGGCAGCCUUCUGAUGACAGCCGGAAGAGGGGAAAGAGCUUGAGACAAGAGAUGUCCCAUACUGAAACUGACGCACUUUCGUUGUCAAGUCCUGCCCUUGAAGAAGAAUACUCGUUAAGACCACGAUACAGGAAUUGGUCUGGUCAGAGCAAGCCUUCCUCGACAGGUCGCUCGACGACGGACGAGGCCAUGCCCUUUGCGAAACCAUCACUUUCGAAGUCCUAUGACGGUGCAGAGACCAGGGAAGGAGCACCUUCGCCAGUUACGAUAGCGGUUGAUCAAGCUGAAAGAUCUGUUAGCCCUCCUCCUGUUUCAACACGAGAAGCCGUUGCUCGUGCUAUCAAUUUGUCUAAGAAACUUUGGUCCUCGAAUAUACCUUCACACGUGAAUGACCGCGGCGACUUAAUGCUAGAUAUGACGGGCUGGAAAAGUAGUGAAGAGGAGUCAUUGAAGGCGGAACUGAUUGCGAGAAAGAUCUUGUCAGAAGAACUUGAGGGACCUUACGACAUUGGAUCGUUGAUUGAAGCGGAUGAAAAUGGAAAUCUCUGGAUCUACAGUAGUGAAGAAGCUAAGAAUGCCGCCAUGCGACAUAGUCCAUAUGCCCUGAAUGAGGAAGUCAUACGAUCAACGGACGCGAUUUCAGACCCAGGCUAUCACAGUGAUGAUGGCCGCAGUGACACGGGCUCCGAUUGUGUUGACGGAACUAAAGGUGAUACUGACAGCGGCCUUGGGUUGUCGCCGCUACCCAGACUAAUCACGCCAAGCGGCCCGGGAGAAGUUACUCGAAAUUUCGCAAAAACGUUACGGCUUACCAGCGAUCAGUUGAAAGCAAUGAACUUGAGACCAGGAAUGAAUCCUAUGAGUUUUAGCGUUGGGCGAGCAAUAAUUACAGCAUCAAUAUUUCUUUGGCGGCACGAUGUUCCUAUCUUGAUCUCAGACAUUGACGGAACUAUCACUAAAUCAGAUGUAAAAGGUCACAUAUACUACAUGAUCGGAAGCGAUUGGACUCAUACUGGAGUGGCUAGACUGUACACGGACAUAGUAUCCAAUGGUUACAAUAUUUUUUACUUGACGAGCAGGUCCGUUGGGCAGGCUGACAGCACCCGGACAUACCUCAACGGCGUGAUGCAAGACGGGUAUAAGUUACCCAAAGGCCCUGUGAUCAUGAGCCCGGAUCGUACGUUCGCUGCACUACGCCGAGAAGUAUACAUGAGGAAGCCGGAGAUCUUCAAAAUGGCCUGCCUUCGCGAUAUCAUGUUACUGUUCAACAAGGCACCGUCACGGACGCCCUUCUACGCCGGAUUUGGCAAUCGAUUGACUGAUGCAUUGAGCUACCGGUCGGUCAACAUUCCAAGUACUAGGAUUUUCACAAUCAAUGCGAAUGCGGAGGUCUCCAUCUUCUUAGAGACCCUAGGUACAUACAAGACAGGCUAUGCGUCCAUGGGCGAAAUUUUGGAUCACUAUUUCCCACCUGUUGGCCUUCUAGUGAAGGAUGGCGGAGAAGAAUAUACCGACUUUACGUAUUGGAGAGAACCAACAUUGGACAUAGAUGACUUCUCGGCCAGUGAGAGUGAAGGUGACGACGCAGACGACGCAGCUACCUUGCGAAGCGAAGACGAAGGAAGUGAAGGGCUCGAUGAGGACGAGAGCGUCGAGGAUCUAGAAGCCAGCUACUACUCAAGACCAUCUGUGGACGAGGAAGGAGAGCUUGGCGAUUCGAUUAUUGAAAGUAUUGAAGGCGACGCACGGGGCCAGGAUUCUGAAGCAGAAGACGAGGAAGACGAGGACGAUGAGGACGAUGAGAGUGCGGCCACUGAUAGCGACAACGAAGAGGGUAGAGUCGUGGCAAGAAACGCCCGCAAGGCCACCUUAACACAGGACCAAACGAGCAUCUCAGCUCGUGUGAAUCUCCAUAAUGUAAGUCGUACUGUCAACAUCAAGGAGCCUGACAGUGUGGCAAAGGACUCGAAUCAUCGUCCUUAAGCCAAGGGAGAUGUGAAAGCAUAUCAUGGCGCUGAGAUACCAAUGAUAUCGUGACAUUGCGGCGAUAGCAUUUCCAGAAUCUCGGAUUAUACAGCCUACAGCAUGACAUGGAGUUUUAUAUACGAAUUGUAUUAUCCAAACUAGUCGCAC